AUGAACGGAGCGCCGAAACUACCACAAAGUAGUUGCAAUGUCAACCUUGGUGACAGCUUCCUCGAGGAGCUGCCACCCUCCAUCAAGCGAUACACUUACCAUGGAGAAUCGCAAUUCUUCGACAUACUCAAGUCUGAAUUCGAUCGUUCCCAAGCCUCGUCCGACGCAAGCGAAUUUAUCCUCUUCCGUGCAAGCAAAGAGACCAUUCAGACACUUUUUCAAAACGAGGAUUCCUCUCCGGUCGCAAAAUAUCUUUCUUCGUUCGACACCAAAGAACAACUCUUCUUGGUCAAAAUGACCUCAGUUCCACAUGGCGUGGCUCCUGUUCUUAUGCACGACAUGAUCAUGCACGCCGUACAACUCAUAGGCUUGUCUUCCUCCCUGAAGGGCUAUGCCAAUGUGAAAUGUCAAGGCGAAUUCAGGGGGAAAGCAGCAGAUUUUAGUUGGGGUCCAAAAAGGGGUCCUCGUGGGAGGCCAAGCCCACGAACUGUCACACUCGAAGUGGCGUACACUGAAAAUGAAUCCAAGCUGAACUCCGAUGUUCGGUUCUGGCUGGAUCCUGACAAUGGAAAGGCAAACGUAUGCUUGACACUCCGAAUUGGUCGUUCAAAACCAGAGAUUCGGGUUGAGAAGUGGGAGAUUCAAAAUGACCGCAUACAUCGCUCUCAAGUUAUUUGGGUCACCAAGCGAGGAGGUCAGACGUAUGUCAGUGAUGCUCUAGUCAUUUCGUUUGAGAGUUUGUUCCUCCGUGCAGCAUCCUGUCCACGGGAGAGAGAUUUGGAGAUCUCACAGGAACAAUUGAAGAUGGUAGCGGAGGGGAUUUGGGAGGAGCAAUGCUGGUGA